AUGGCGUCUCACAUCGUUUACCACUUUUAUGAAAUGAAAUUUGUUGAAUACCCUGCUUUAACACCUUACGAAUUACCAAUUAUAUUCACGAAAUUUCAUCAACACCUCCUUGCCUUGGCCUUUGCUGUGAAGGAGAUCAAUGAGGACUCCCAGAUCUUACCAAACAUCACUCUUGGGUUCCACAUCUAUGACAGCUACCUCAAUGCAAGGAUGACCUAUUGCACCACUCUGGACCUGCUUUUCAAAUCCCAGGAAUUUGUCCCUAACUACAAAUGUGAUAACCAGAAGAAUCUCAUGGCUAUCAUUGGGGGACUAGAUUUUGUAUCAUCAUCUCAUAUUACUGAAAUUACAAGUUUCUUCAAAAUUCCACAACUGACAUACAGAUCAUUAGCUCAAGAUGAAUUUGAGACCAGUAAGCUCUCUUCACUUUAUUUCAUGGUCCCAAAAGAGGACCAUCAGUACUUUGGGAUUAUCCAACUACUUCAUCAUUUCAGGUGGACGUGGAUUGGGAUUUUUGCUGUUGAUAACAACAAUGGAGAAAAAUUCUUACAGAAAAUGCAGCCCUUACUUUCACAGAACAAAAUCUGCUCAGCGUUUAUAGAAAGGCUUUCACAACUGGCCCACAUGGAAGAAUUCCAAGAUUUUUUUCAAAGAAUCUCAAUGAUUACCAUUCAUUUGAUGAAUAGCAAAGUCAAUGCAGUUCUUGUCUAUGGAGAAUCAUUGACAAUUAUGUGGCUAAGAUUUGCAAUGUUUCCAGGAAAUCCUGACAGCAGGAAAAUUACAUUUGGAAAGGUGUGGAUCAUGACUGCACAGAUUGAUUUCAUAUUGUCAGGAUUUCUAAUCAACUGGGACCUCCAGAUGUUCCAUGGGGCAAUUUCCUUCACUGUUCAUUCAAGAGAAGUUGUAGGUUUCAAGGAAUUUCUUCGGACCAUCAAUCCACUUUCAGAGUACAGAGAUGAGUUUCUGCGGGAAGUUUGGGAACAAGCAUUUGAUUGUUCAUUUCCAAAACCUGGGUUACAAGAAAUGCAUAGUGGGCAGUGCACUGGAGAGAUGAAGCUAGAGGAUCUUCCUGGACCUGUCUUUGAAAUGGAAAUGACUGGGCACAGUUACAGUGUCUACAAUGCUGUUUAUGCUGUGGCUCAUGCUUUGCAGGCUCUAUACAUGUUGGGGUUCAAUAGGAAGACAAUUACAAUGCGUAAAAAAACUGUUCUUCCAAAUCUGCAGUCUUGGCAGCUCCACUCAUUUCUUCAAGGCAUUGGUUUUAACAAUUCAGCUGGGGAAAGAGUAUUCCUGAAUGAGAAAGGGGAAGCAAGAGGUGGAUUCGACAUCACCAACUUGAUCACUUUUCCAAACAGAUCCUUUCAGAGAGUCAAAGUUGGAAAGAUGGAUCUCAAGGCACCAAAGGGGAAGGAAUUAUUCAUUGAUGAAGAUGUGAUUGUCUGGCACCCAGCUUUUAACCAGGUUCUUCCACUUUCCAGAUGUAAUGAUCCUUGUUUCUGUGGAUCCUGGAAGAAAGGGAUUGAGGGAAAUCAAUUCUGCUGCUAUGAUUGUGUUCCAUGCCCUAAAGGGAAGAUUUCAAACCAAAAUGAUAUGGAUGACUGUUUUGAAUGUUCAGAAGAUCAUUAUCCAAAUGAAGAAAAGAAUGGAUGUAUCCUGAAACUGGUGAUAUUUCUAACCUUUGAAGAAACCUUAGGAAUUGGUUUGGCCUCAAUUGCUCUUUGUUUCUUCUUCUUGACAUCUUGGGUACUUGGAACAUUUAUUAAGCACAGGGAUACUCCCAUUGUCAAAGCCAACAACCGGUCCCUCACCUACACUCUCCUUGUCUCUCUUCAGCUCUGUUUUCUCUCCUCUUUGCUCUUCCUCAGCCAACCAGGCAAUGUGACUUGCUUUAUCCGACAAGUAAUGUUUGGUGUCACUUUCACAGUGGCCAUUUCUAGUGUACUGGCCAAAACCAUCACUGUGGUUGUGGCUUUCAUGGCCACUAAACCAGGAUCUCAGAUGAGGAGAUGGGUGGGGAAAAGAUUGGCUUUUUCUAUUGUCCUUUCAUGCUCUCACUUACAAGUAUGUAUUUGUAUUCUUUGGCUGUCGACCUCUCCCCCAUUCCCUGAGUUGGACAUGCAAUCAGAGCUCCAAGAAGUUAUUUUACAAUGCAAUGAGGGGUCAACUUUCUUCUUCUAUUGUGUCUUGGGCUACAUGGGUAUCUUGGCCAUUGCUAGCUUUACUGUAGCUUUCCUUGCCCGUAAAUUACCCAACAGCUUUAAUGAAGCCAAGUUCAUCACUUUCAGCAUGUUGGCCUUUUGCAGUGUGUGGGUCUCCUUCUUUCCAGCCUAUUUGAGCACCAAAGGAAAAGCCAUGGUAGCUGUGGAGAUCUUCUCCAUCUUGGCCUCCAGUGCUGCAUUACUGGGAUGCAUAUUUCUGCCCAAAUGCUUCAUCAUUGUUUUCAGGCCUCAGCUAAACCGCAGAGAGCAACUCACAAAGAGAAAUUAG